UCGGCGCUAGCCACCGUGCUGGAUGACAGCCAUCCGGCGCCAACAGCUCCAGACUCACAACGCAAGAGUCAUGGCGGCCACGGGUGGAGGGAAAAUCCGAAGCAGGAGAUAUCACAUCGCCUCUAAGCCCUACGCCAAGAGCAAACAGCAGCAGCAGUCGGGCCUGAUGAGCCGAGUGACCGACACCGUCAAGAGCAUCGUUCCAUCAUGGCUGCAGAAGUACUUUAAGAAUGGAGACGCUCCAGAAGAAGAAGAAGAAAGAGGAGGAGGAGGAGGAGGAGAUUCGUUAGAAUUGAGGGAAAAUUGCCAGACGCCUCCUCUUCCUCUGAACGGCAGCGAAGAAGGACCUCCUUCCCUGGACGGACGCCACACGCCAGAGGCCAGCACCAGUAACGCAGAGCCCUCAAACAGCCGGGCGUCCCUCAACUUUCAGGACUACAUGCUGUCACGGCCCCCGCUCCACCGCUCCCACCUCCCCUUUCGCCCGCUGGACGCCUCCUCGCCCAGCAGCCUCUUCUCCCAGCCCUCCACCUCCUCCGCGCCGGGGCCUUUCUCCACGGGCUUCUCCUUGGUCAAGGAGAUCAAGGACAACCUGUCGCAGCACGAGGACGACAACAUCUCCACCACCAGUGGCUUCUCCUCGCGCGCCUCCGACAAAGAUGUGCCCGCCUCCAAAACCGCCUCGCUCCCGCAGCUGUGGUCGCCAGAAACAGACAGAAGCGUGUCCGUGCCGCAGCCCUCUCAGUCUGGUCUGAAACGGCCCGCCUUCAACCUGUCAGUCUUCAGCACCUCCGCCAAUGCCACGCUCAACAGCACCACCUUGAACUCCAGCCAGCUGGGAGAUUCGCCCUUCUACCCGGGCAAGACCACGUACGGCGGAGCGGCCGCGCUCAAGACCUCUCACACUCGUCCUGGGACACCAUACCAGGUCCCAGUGAGGAGGCAAAUCAAAGCCAAGCCUGCAGGCGCGCAGCCUUGUGGGGUGACCAGCGCCACCGCCAGGCGCAUCCUGCAGUCUUUGGAGCGCAUGUCCAGUCCUCUGGCAGACGUCAGGAGGAUCCCAGCAGCAUCACCUCUCUCAGCAAACAUGGAUGGCGGCAGUCUGGAUGUGUCACAUUUGCAGUCAAAAAGGAAAAGGCUGGAGUCCAACCUCCCCCCGGUGCAGAAGUUGGUGGUUCCUGCUGCACUUCCAUCCUCCGCCAACCGCUCCGUCUCCUUUAGGCCUAGCUUGACCCCAGGAGGGCUGAGCCGACCCCUGGACCGGACCCCUCGAGACUCGCCUCGCAGACCAUCGCCACCGCAGCCUGACAGAAUCCCCCCCGGCCUCCCAGCCUACCCCGUGUCCAGCACACCUGCAGCAGCCAGCAGCUCCGGAGGUGGCAAGAUGAAGCGAGAGAGGACCAGCACCCGGCAGUCCUCCAAGCGUGUUGAAGAUGAGGAGGUGGUCCAAGUACCAGACCUUCCAAGCAUUUCACUCCCCAUCAGCACGUCCGCCUUGCCCGCCUUCUCCUUCUCUUCCCCCCAGCCUCCUCUCGCUACCUGCGCCAAGUCCUCCGCCCGCAUCGCUUCCAGCAUCACCAUCACUCCGGAGGUCCCUGUAUCGCCUGUGCCCUUUACCUUCUCCACGCCCAUCGUCAAAGCAACUUCUGCCAGUCCACCUGCCUUCUCCCCGACAGCCGGAUUCACGUUCAGCGCUCCUGUCACAAAGCUGACCCCCGCCAUGUCAAACGGGAAGCUGGCCACACCCACUGCAACUCCAGUGAGAGCCGCCAGCCCAGAAGACUUUGAAGGACCUUUCAAACCGGCCAAGACCCUGAAGCAAGGCAGCGUGCUAUCCAUCCUGAAAGCACCUGGCUUUGCUUCAACCACGGUGCAGAAGUCCCCCAGCCCUGACGACUCUCUCCAGAAGACCUCCACACAGUCCUCCUCCUCCCCCACAGGCCUCAGUGACUUGUUCAAAGCUCCCGCUGGCUGGAGCUGUGACGUCUGCUUGGUACAGAACAAGCCCACGGAAACAAAAUGCGUUUGCUGCGCGGCGGCUCGGCCGGGUUCCUCUCCCCCGCGCGAACCGACAAGCCCCGCCUCCUCGGGCCUGAAGAGCGGCACGACAAACGCAGCGUUUGGCUCGCUGUUCUCCAAACCGGCAGGAUCCUGGGACUGUGACACGUGUCUCGUCUUCAACAAGGCGGACGCCGUCAAGUGCGUGGCCUGCGAGACGGCCAAGCCCGGGACAGGCCUUAAGCCCCCCGCUUCUUUCUUUUCCGCCUUCUCGGCCGUAAAGGCCGCGCCCAACCCCUCCACGCCGGCCUCCUCUGCGCCGUUUGCAGGGUUCGGAGAGUUGAACAAGCCGGAGGGAUCGGAGUGCGACGUGUGUUUGAUUCCCAACAAGGCGGAGGACACAAACUGUGUAGACUGCACCAGCACCAGAGCAGGAGCCUCUUCUACCGCCAACAGCACUCCCUUCUCUGGCUUUGGGGACAAGUUCAAGAAGCCAGAGAACUCUUGGGAGUGUGACGUCUGCAUGGUGCAGAACCAGGCUGGCGACGUCAAGUGUGUUGCCUGUUCGGCAGCCAAACCUGGAGCUCAAGUGGAGGCCAAAGCUUUAGGUUCAUCUUCUACCUCAGAAUCUGGAGUUUCUUCGUUCGGCACGUCAAACUCUACCUCCGGAGGGAUCAAGUUCGGGGUGGCCGCUUCAGAACCCUCCUCGUUGUCGUCGGGCGGUUUCAAGUUUGGCACCCCGUUUGGAAGCCUCCCAUCAGAAACCCCCUCUAAAGACUCCAACGUGUCAUCGGGGUUCAAAUUCAGCGGCCCGUCUGAAGGCUUUAAGUUUGGUGUUCCCUCCUCCGAGGAGGACAAGAAGUCGGAGCAACCUGCUGCAGGAUCUGACUUUAAGUUCGGAGCUAGCGGUGGGAUCAUGUUUGGAACUGGAUCCUUUACCAAGGAGAGCAGCCCCUCCAAGACCACCUUCAGCUUUGGCCUUUCCAAGCCCGGAGAGCCAACACCAGAUGCCGCCCCCACACCCUCGGUUACAGCGCCACCCCCUGCUUCCUCCUGCAAUGACAGCACAUCAACCAGCACGCCCACGGCCGCCACUGCAGGGUCCGUGUUUGCACGGCUGGGCCAGCCCACCCUGGCCGCCUCCACGCCGCCAACCGGACCUACUUUUGGAUCGUUACCCGCCGACACCAAACCACCCACGUUCGCAUUCGGGAAGCCCGAGGAGAAGGAGGACGUGCUGGCCUCCUCCACGCCGUCUGCCUUCUUGUUUGGCGCCGCUAGUAAGGACAGUGACAACGCACCUUCCGCUUUGGGGGGCUUUUCUUUCGGCAAGCCGAACGCGCCAGUAAAGCAGGCCCCGCCCACAUUUGCCUUCGGCAAACCGGCUGACAAGAGCGACGGUUUGAAUGCGGAGGCUCCUAAGCCAUCUUUUACUUUUGGACAAAGUGCUGCAGCUUCUGAUGCUCCAAAAGCAGCUUUCUCCUUCAUGGCCAACAAUCCCAGCAACCCUCCCAGCACGUCGUCAGGCCCCGCCCCCAACGCCAGUCUGUUUGGCAGCACCCAAUCAGCGCCCGCUCCUGCUGCGGCUCCCGGCACCUUCAUGUUCGGCCAGCCCGCUGCCACCCCCGGCGACGCCCCCCCGGCCAAAGCCUUUGUCUUUGGACAGAACCAGGACGGCCAGACUCCCAACUCCACCCCGGCCCCCCCCCAGUCUUACGUCUUCGGCGCCGGGGCCAGCUCGGCGCCUCCUGGAGCUCCUUCCGUCAAUUUUGGAGGAUCAGCGCCCCCUGCUGCCCCUUCUGGAGCUCCCAACCCAUUCCUGGUUAGCUCAUCCACCCCCGCUCAGACUCCUGCGUUCGGCUCAUCUUUUGGCUCUCCUUUCCCGUCAGCAACUUCCCAGACUCCAAUGUUUGGAGCCAAGCCCACCGCCGCGCCCGUCUUUGGGCAGCAGGCCAAUCCCGCGCCUGCGUUUGGCGCCGCUGCCAACUCUGCACAAACUGCAGGCUUUCAGUUUGGAGGAGCCAGCGCGUUAGAGUCCUCAACCGCCGGUCCUCGGGUCCCUGGUCCUCCGGUCUUCACUUUUUUGGCAGGAGCAGCAGCCCCUCCUGCACCGGCCGCCAGCCCCGCCCUCGCACCCCAGUCAGGAGGCGGAUUCAACUUUUCACCGCAGCUCGCUUUCAACAUCGGGUCAUCAAAGUCCUUCACGCCGGCCCCCGCCGGCCAGCAGACAAUAGGCGGACGUAAGUUCAAGCAGGCGCGGCGCCGAAGGACGUAGACGUGUGGACGUGUGGACGUGUGCACGGCGACUGGGAGGACUUUCCUUUCCCGAGCAGGUGUGUGGCUUUUUUGCUCCCACGUCAGGUGGCUGAUGUUGUCUGUUUCCACCUGCUGCUGACUGAAGUGUGACAACAAUCAUGUCCAGACUUAGUGCACACACAACCAAGGACUGUGGUGGAGCUGCUGGAUGUAAACUAUAUGUACACACUGUAGCUGUGUGUGUGUGUGCGUGUGUGUGUGUGAGAGUGUGAGCAUAUGAAUGUUUGUAAUUAAAAGGAGGCUAGGAAGGAAGGAAAGGAGGCGAGUGUACAUGCACUGUUGGUUAGAACCUUUGUAAAUGUAUGCUUUCCAUGUGACUUCUUCUCAGCUCUAAUUGGCCUUUCAGCAUUACUACCACUUGUAAAUACUCUUUGUUUUCUUUUCUUUUCUUUUUUUUAAUUCUCUGUCCCCAUGACGGUCCUUUCUUCCUGUGUCUGCAGUCGCUUGUUGUCAUUCCUAUCUUCAAAGUUGCCCACAUCCAUUUAAAAAAGGACUUACAUGCAAAUUGGAGAGCCUUUGAUGACUGAAGGCUAUUUGGCUUACUGAUCCACUUUUGUUUGGACCAAAACCAGUAUUGUACAAAGUAUUAAGUAUAUAUUUUUAUAUCGCAGCUUUAAAUGGACAAGGGGGACUUUGGAUGGUAAGGAAGUUGAGUUUAAUUUGGAAGCCAUGAUGAUUAUUAUUGUUAUUAUAAUUAUUACCAGAUGAGUGAUAAGACUUCAAAACCAUGGUUCAUUACUAUCAAUAAAACUAUCAAAUAUUCU